AUGGAACCUUAUCCUGAAUGGUUCAAGCCAGAACUUAAAACGCAACAGUAUGGCAGAUUUCUUGAUAUCUUCAAAAAGUUGCAUAUCAGCAUUCCCUUUGCUGAAGCUCUGGCUAAAAAUGAAAUGCCUCUUCUCUUAGGUAGACCUUUCUUAGCCACAUCUCGUGCAAUGAUUGAUGUAGAGCACGGAAAGCUGGUGUUGAGAAUGAAUGAAGAAACAAUUAUUGUCAAUGUUUUUGAUUGUAUGAAAAAACCAUUUGAAAAUGGUGAUUGUUUCAGACUUGAUGUCUUAAAGGAGGUGGUUCAUGAAGAGAAAACUCUUAUUCAAGAGCUUGAAGAGGAUUUGAAAAACUGUGAUCAUGUUCAUUUUGAAGAUGAUAUUGCGGGUUGUGCUCCAAAAGUUGAAUUGAAAGAGUUACCUGAUACUUUAAAGUAUAUUUUCUUGGGUGAUGAGGAGACUUACCCUGUAAUUAUCAAUAAGGGUUUGUAUUCUGAUGAUGAAAAUGGUUAUAGUGGCUACAAUCAAAUUUCAGUAGCUCCUGAAGAUCAAGAGAAAACAGCUUUCACGUGCCCUUUUGGAAUAUUUGCUUAUCGGAGGAUGCCUUUUGGUCUAUGUAAUGCACCUGCUACUUUUCAGAGGUGUAUGCUCUCUAUCUUCUCUGACAUGGUAGAGAAAUAUAUGGAGGUGUUCAUGGAUGAAUUCUCUGUUUUUGGCUCUUGUUUUGAUUUCUGUUUAGACAACUUGUCUAAAGUUUUGAAUACUGACGAUUCUGCCAUAAAAUUUUUGAUGACUAAGCAGGAUGCCAAGCCACGGUUGCUGAGUCAGAUUCUGUGGCAUUGUCAUGCUUCAGAUUAUGGUGGCCAUUUUGGAGGAAACAGAACUACUCAUAAAGUGUUGCAAAGUGGGUACUAUUGGCCAACCCUCUUCAAGGAUGCAAAAGACUUUGUAGAAAGGUGUGAAAAAUGUCAAAAGACGGGUAACAUAUCCCGUAGAGAUGAAAUGCCUUUAAAUAGCAUAAUGGAGGUUGAGCUCUUUGAUUUGUGGGGGAUAGAUUUUAUGGGACCAUUUCCCUCAUCUUAUUCCAACCAGUACAUUCUUGUUGCUGUUGAUUAUGUGUCUAAGUGGGUGGAGGCUGUGGCUCUUCCCACUAAUGAUGCCAAGGUGGUUGUGAAUUUUCUGAGGAAGAAUAUUUUCACAAGGUUUGGUGUACCUAGAGCCAUAAUAAGUGAUGGAGGUACUCAUUUCUGUAAUAAGCAGUUUGACAAUUUACUGGCUAAAUAUGGUGUUAAACAUAAGGUGGCUACACCUUAUCAUCCUCAAACCAGUGGCCAAGUAGAGGUUUCUAAGAGAGAGCUGAAACGGAUUCUUGAGAAGACUGUUGGAAAUUCUUUGAAAGAUUUGUCUAAGAGGAUAGAUGAUGCACUGUGGGCAUAG